AUGUUUCGAAACAUGUUUUUGUUGGCGUAUAGUAAACAGAAAAUAUUGUGUCGUUAUUACGCCAGAAAAGCUAAAAAUCCUGGCCUAGACAGACGUGCUGCUUUACUGCCCGAAAACGCAAAUACGGAGGACUACGAGAGCUUGGAUGAUAGCGAGUCAAACUUUUACCAGGUUCAUAAAAGCCACAAGCAGUACGAGACAGAACAAGCACAGCACCGAGAUCGGCUGCAAACAUGGAUUGUUGGCAAUAAGUAUUUUAAGACGAAACAGCUAAAUUUCCUUACCUGGUCUGAGAAAGAACAGAUACGGUACCUUCAUGGGUAUGAUCCGGAGGAAUGGAGCAUAGACAAAUUGACCGAAAGUUUUCCGGCGGACCGAUAUACGAUUGCCAAAAUUGUGAAGACAAAGUGGCAACCAAAGGAUAACAAGCGAAUGGAACGACACGAUGCGGUGGUGAAAGAAAACUGGCAAAUGUUCCGCAGUGGUCGUAUUAAAAAUAUUGAUUCGGGAUUUGCACAGCAUUUGAACAAAUUCAUGCAACGCAACACCAGCGAAACAGAUCAAUUGCUUCCAAAAAGUGAAUCAAAGCGUCUGUAUGAAAUUCGGCCACUGCCGGAAGGAGAAUUUAGUGCUAUCGUUACAAGUUGUAAAAAGUAUCAAUCAAAGAACAACGAAGAUGAGAGCCAACAAGCACUAUUAUUGGAAGAAAAACAUCGACCAGAUGAGCCCUACGUGUCCAGUAGUGCCCCAAAACAGGACACAUUUCUAAUAGGAAACAUUCAAAAUACUCAGCAUAUAACACUGACUGCUAUUAAACAACAAGCUGUGAACCGUAAUCCGAGUACGGACAGUAUGAAGCAUGAAUUGCCGAACUCUGAGCUAGAUUUAGGAACGAGUAUCAUGGACAGACUGGAAAAUAUUCACAAAAAGUAUGCAACAGUGGAGCUUUCCGAUUCUACAACCAAUGCACAUAGUGCAAAAGUGGAAGACAUUAAAGAAUUUAUAAAGAUUCCUAAAAAGUUACACCGGAAAGGAGCUACCUACCAGGUGGAUGAUUGUUUUUACGAUGACGACGGUGAGUUCCUGUACCGUGUGCCCGGUAUGAACAGAAAAAGGAAACAAUAAACCACGGCCAGUU